CUGAAUCUAGGGAAAGCAAAAAGCCUUAUCAAGUAGUGCUGGACUGCGUAAGCUAGUGUUGUGGUUUUGGUGAGAUUAAGAGAGAAUAUAACUGUAAUGCUAUGUGCUCAGCAUAGCCCUGGUGCAGAGUCGGCACAUAAAAAAUGUUCAUUGUUAAGUGUAAGCAAGGACCAGGAGAUGGGCACACAGGUCAGAGCAGGGAGAAGUGUGCACUGGAGUGAGAAAUACACGGGACUAGGUCCUUGCAGGCAUCCACUGAUUGUUUUCUCCUGGCUGUUCCAGAGCAAGUUUUAGGGAGCAGGAAGGAAAAAGCCCUGGCCUCUAUUGGAAAUUUGCCCUAGUGACCUCUCAUCAGGAAAGUAAGGUUGUUCUUCCCGUGGGAGUUAUUCAAGAGAUGAGAAUGCUGUGUGCUCCUACACUGAGCUUUUCAAACUAGGAACUUCACCCGAUAAAGCAGAAGAGUAUUUUUUUCUUCUUUUGUGGUUUCACAUAGCAAAUGUGUGACAGUCUCUACUUACAGAUGAAGGGAGGCAUCAGGCACUGAGGAGUGAGGGUGGCCUGAAUUUCAGGUCUCCCCUCCUGCACCCUUUACACUUUACUCUUACUGUGCUUUCCAGAAAGUUUGCCUGCUUGGAUAAUCGUUUUGACAAUUUCCCAUGUUGUCAGCUCCAUAGAAUCCAGUUUCUGAGAACCAGCCAGUGACGUGCAGUGACAUUGCAUAAUCUGCGUCUGCAGCCGGGGACACUAGCCGUGGAGCUCCAGGGAGCUGCUUCACACCGCCAGCAUGAAAGGAGCGAGCGCUGUGGACGGUGGGCCCACGGCACUCUUGGCCAGGGCGCUUUACGACAACCGCCCCGACUGCUCGGACGAGCUGGCUUUCUUCAGAGGAGACAUCCUGACCAUUCUGGAACAGAACGUGCCGGAAAGUGAGGGCUGGUGGAAGUGCGUGCUCCACGGGAGGCAAGGCCUGGCCCCUGCCAACCGCCUCCAGGUCCUCCCGGGCGCCCCUGUGGACAGGCCCUGUCCUCCUUUCCUGCAAGGCCUGGAGAAAGCUCUUUGCAGCUCUGGGGAGACCUACCAGGUGCCCACCCUGACCUGCUCCCCAGCUCCAGGCCCCAUAUAUGAGCAGAUGAAGAGCUGGGUGGAGGGGCCCCCACCAGCCACUGCCCAAGUCUACGAAUUCCCAGACCCACCUGCCAACGCCAGAAUCGUCUGUGAAAAGACUCUAAGGUUUCCGAAACAGGCCCUCUUCACAAUCCCCAGGCCAGCUCGGGUCUCGAUGCCAGCUUUGCUUCCCCAGGUGUACGACGUGCCUGUGCAGAGCCGAGGGCCCCCAGCCCUGAAGGAGCCAGAGAAGCAGCAGUUAUAUGACACACCCACCAGCUUCCAAAAGGCAGGACUCGGCGCUCCGGGCGGCCAACCAAAUGGGCAGGGUGUGACAUCAACAAUCGCCAUAAGGAAAGGCGGCUACAGCACGUUACCGAGCCCACAGAAAUCCGAAUGGAUCUACGACACCCCAGUGUCUCCUGAAAAGGCUGAUAUUAGAAAUGUAUCUCUAACCAGCUUUGCAGAAGAAUCGGAGUCCCAGGAUCUCCCCAGGUGUAUGUCCAGCUUCCAUAAUCCUCCCGGAGCAAGGUCUCUUACUCCACACCUGCAAAGAAACGGGCCCAUGCAGAAAAAACUCAGCCUUCCAGAAAUUCCUUGUCAUAGCUUUCGGGUGCCCAGGGACACAUUCUCUUUGGAUGACAGUGUCAGCUACAAGACUCCUUCAAGCUUUCUGAUUCUCCAAAUGGAACAGCAGAACACAAAGCCAAAUAUUUACGACAUCCCUAAAGCAACGCUAAGUGUCCCUCCAGCUGCAAAAGAUCUGGAGAAACCCAGUGGGGUUCCAGAGAACUCCAUGGAUCAUAAUUCCUCAUGGCUCUCUGGACAGGCGGCAUCUCUGUCUCCCGAACCAGAUCGAUUAUCCAUUUCCAGUUCUGACAGCAGAGCCAGUGUCGUCUCCUCAUGCUCCUUUACAUCCACGGACUCUUCAUCUAGCUCCUUCUCUGAGGAGUCAGCGAAGCAGCUCUCCUUGGACCCAGACUUGGCCAAAGAGACAGUGACAGCCCUGCAGCACAGGGUGGCCAGCUCUGUUGCAGGCCUGAUGCUCUUUGUAAGUAGGAAAUGGAGGUUCAGAGACCAUCUAGAGGCCAACAUCGAUGCCAUUCGCAGGGCCGCCGACCACAUAGGAGAAUCUUUGAGAGAAUUUCUGGAUUUUGCCUACAGAGUCCGUGGAACUGCCUGUAACCUCAACAAUGGUAACCUUCAGAGCAGAAUUAGGGAUCAAGUACAGACAAUCUACAACUCCUACCAAAUCCUGCUUGAAACAAAGGCAAGCCUGGAUAGCUGUAAUUGGUCCCUGGAAAUCCUGGUGACUGACCAAGUCCAAAACAGCCCAGAUGACCUUGAGAGAUUUGUCAUGGUGGCACGGAUGGUUCCAGAAGACAUCAAAAGGUUUGCCUCUAUUGUCAUUGCCAAUGGGAGGCUCCUUUUCAAGCAGAAUUGUGAAAAGGGAGAGACCUUGCAAUUGACCCCAAACGCACAAUUUAAGCUUACAGAUUGCAUCCAGCCUCCCCAAAGGGAAAUCGAGUCGUACCAAAGGAGUGCUCCUUUUAAUAAACAAGGGGAAAAUGAACACUCCCCUGAAUUAUUAAAGAAAAAUAGAACAAAUGUCUGUGAACAGAAUCCUAGCUCCUUUAUCCCCCCACCUUUGAACCAGCAGAAUCCUGAGAAGAAAAUCCACCUUUCUGAACAUUGCCGGCUCUAUUUUGGGGCGCUCUUCAAAGCCAUCCGCGUAUUUAACAGCAGCCUCAGCGGCAGCCCGCCCCCAGAGGUCUUCAUCACACAGGGCAAGCUGAUCAUCAUGGUGGGACAGAAGCUGGUGGACACGCUGUGCAAGGAGACCCAGGAGAGGGAUGUGCGCAACGAGGUCCUCCGCAGCAGCAGCCACCUGUGCAGCCUGCUCAAGGACCUCGCACUGGCCACGAAGGAUGCAGUGCUCAGGUACCCGAGCCCUGCAGCUCUGGAGCACCUCCAGAUGAAGGUUGAGAAGCUGGAGCAACACACACGGCAAUUCAGAGGCACACUGGAAUGAGCCUCCUUCCCCCCUCCUUUCCCCCUUAACCUCUUAGCUUCAGCUUCACCGCACAACCCGUGCAACUCUUUCCUACGGGAAGAGCCAACCUGGGGCACACCGAUGGGCGGAGAUAGCCAUGGUGCCCAAAGCCGGUAUUACCUAGUGGCUGGGCAACCCCAGGACAUUGACUGAGUCAGGGAGGAGAGCUAGCUGUUAAGUAAGAUCUUGCUAAGUUUUUAGCAUAUCGUGUAGGGUCAGUGUAUGAUGUUGUAGAAACCAAUUUUUAUAUUGGUUAAAUGUAUGCCUGUUGUAAAUUCAUUCAUUCAGUAUUUAUUUAUUAGCCACCUACUAUAUGUCAAAUUCUAGGUUCUGGGCAUACAGCAGUGAAUCAGACAGACAUCAUGUGCCCAGGGAAUUUACAAUCUAGCAGAACGACAACGAGUGAUGAAGAAACACAUACAUACAAUGACAGGAGCUAGGGAGAAAAUAAAGUAGGAGAUGAGGAGGAGACUUAUUCUCAAGUGAUUGACUUCUGUUGCAUCUGCUAGAAAAUGUAGCAAGUUUUUCAAUUUCGACUGAACAAAUCCUGUGAGAUUUGUACAAAUUAUGUGUCUAAAGACGCACAUUAUAUUUACAACAUAACCUGUCUUGUUGGGUUCCCUAUUAAUUUAUUUCGUACAUUGUGGAGUCUGUGUUAAUAAAUUUAGUAUGCUCAACCAGAAAAGGUUUAUACUUCAGCAGUCUGAAAUCUGUUACCAUUUAUAAUCUUAUGUAAACAUAAUCAUGAAUUGAAACAUCCUUUGCAACAACCCUUUGGAAAAGUCUUUGAUCGGCAUCACUAGGGUUCUGGUACCAAAGCAAAGCGUCCAGUGUUUACUUCUGCUGUUUAAAUGCUUUUCCCUCAAGAGUACAGGGAGGCCAAGUUCUCAAGUGCAAGAUCAACAGGGAAAAGCAGAGCAUCACUCGUAGCAGCGCAGCCAGGAGCUGUGGUACGAACAGGUUGCCCUGUGCCGGGCACAGAUCCGAAAGUGACACAGAGCUCUCCUCCAGCCCAACCACCUCUCCUUCCUCUCCUGUCAGCUGGGUCUUUAGUUCAUGUUGCUAUGGUUACAUCACCCUAACUUCACUUUGAGUAAAGGUCCAUGUCCCUUAUACAAACGUCUCAGCCACUAAACACCUCUGUAGCCUGGAAACAGCAUCUCCAGACUGAGGGUCACCUGAAAUGAUACCAGGUCCAACUCCUGUCUGCUACUCCACACACGGUAGGUGCAUUUGAAUUGUUGACUGCUAAAAGUCUGGUUAUUUUCACCAAGUUAGUCUC